AUGGAAGUAAACAAGACAUCAAUUGGUAGAUUUAUUAAGAAUAAUCAGCUAAAACCUCAUACAAGUGUUGUCAAGCCUACACUGACUGAAGCCAACAAAAUUGCAAGGAUGAAAUGUUGUCUUGCUCAUAUUCACCCAACAUUAGGUGAAGGUAAACUUCUUUACCAUUCAUUGCACAACAUUGUUCAUAUUGACGAGAAAUGGUUCUACAUGACAAAGACAUCAGACAGAUACUACCUUUUGUCGGAUGAGGAUGAGCCUUAUAGGUCCUGUAAGUCCAAGAGAUUCAUCACUAAAGUGAUGUUCAUGGCUGCUGUGUGUAGGCCACUUAUUGGCAGUGAUGGGGAAAUCAUAUUUGAUGGUAAAAUAGGAUUAUUCCCGUUCACAGAGAUAGUACCAGCCAAAAGAAGUUCGAAGAACAGGCCAAAAGGGACAUUGGAGACAAAGCCUAUUCAAUUAGUGAAUAAGGAAGUCAUGACAGCUUGUCUCAUAAACCAGAUUGUACCAACAAUUAAGGCCAAAUGGCCAGCCAAUGCAAGCAAGAAGAUUUACAUCCAGCAAGAUAAUGUCAAACCUCACCUAAAAGCUGCUGACCAACAGUUUGAAGAGAUUGCUAGUACUGAUGGGUUUGAAUUCCAUCUAAUUAGCCAACCACCCAACUCCCCGGACACAAAUGUAUUAGACCUUGGGUAUUUUAGGGCAAUACAAUCACUUCAAGAUGACAAAAUAACUACCAAUGUAGAUGAGUUGAUGAGGAAUGUGUUUACCUCAUUUGAAGAACUCUCACCACAAACUCUAGAUAGAGUUUUCAUCACAUUGCAAAGUUGUUUCACAACAAUAUUAGAAGUGCAUGGGAACAAUAAGUACAAGAUCCCUCACUUAAACAAGGACAUAUUGAUAAGAAGAGGGGUGCUGCCUUUACAACUUCAUGUUGAGGAGAGUUUGGAGUACCUAAAGUUGCCCGAGAACAAUGCUGGAGACACAUAUGACAUAGGGCCUCUUAACCAUGCUUUAGGGUACUAG